GCAGGCAGGAACCAGGAACGAACGAACCCUCAAUUCUCAGACCUCUCUUCCCUCCAGCUCCAAGGCUCGAAGUCGCUUUUAUAUUUAAAACUGUAAUUGAUUAAUUAGAUAAGUAAUAAUUAAUUAUUAAUAUAUCGAUAAUAGAAGUACGGACCGCAAUUUCUUCUUCUACUAGAAGUGUAUUGACCCUUUUACGGACGGGGACGGGGACGAUAUUUGACCGAUCUGGUUUUCUAUUAUACCUUGUCUUUGUCUUCUUCGUUUUCGGGUUGCGACGUGCUGACUGUGAGCUUCACAAUCGAGCUAGACCGGAAUGAAGGGACCGAAGAGGCCCAUCCACGCCGUGGUGACAUGGGUGAAGCGUCAACCUCCGAAAGUGAAGGCUUUCCUCGCUGUUGUCUCGGGCAUGGCCGCGCUUGUUUUGCUCCGCUUUAUUGUUCAUGAUCACGAUAAUCUAUUCAUAGGCGCUGAGACCGUUCACGCUAUCGGAAUCUCGGUUCUCAUCUACAAACUCACCAAGGAGAAGACUUGUGCUGGACUUUCACUCAAGUCUCAGGAACUAACAGCUAUAUUUUUAGCUGUUAGACUAUACUGCAGUUUUGUCAUGGAGUAUGAUAUACACACAAUCCUUGAUUCAGCUACACUUGGGACAACCCUGUGGGUUAUUUAUAUGAUUCGUUUUAAACUAAAAUCUAGUUACAUGGAGGACAAAGAUAAUUUUGCCAUAUAUUAUGUGGUGGCACCUUGUGCUUUAUUAGCUCUAUUUGUUCAUCCAUCAACAACACAUCAUCUUUUUAACAGGAUUGCUUGGGCCUUUUGUGUAUAUAUGGAAGCUGUUUCAGUAUUACCACAGCUGCGUGUCAUGCAGAACACCAAGAUUGUUGAACCAUUUACAGCUCAUUAUGUAUUUGCAUUGGGAAUUGCAAGGUUCUUGAGCUGUGCUCAUUGGGUCCUCCAGGUAUUGGAUACUCGGGGACGUUUACUGACAGCUUUAGGCUAUGGGAUGUGGCCAUCCAUGGUUCUUCUCUCAGAAAUUGUCCAAACUUUCAUCCUUGCAGAUUUCUGUUACUACUAUGUCAAAAGCCUAGUGGGUGGACAGCUUGUGCUACGCCUUCCAUCUGGAGUGGUGUGAGAGAAAGCUUUUUCUUGUGCAAUAGUUUGUAGGGUCAGUACAGCUACAAAUGACAUAAAUUUUGGAAAUGCGGGCAUGUGCUCAACCUCGAUUCCCUUAUUUUGCUCUGCACGUGGUUCAUGUAUAUCUCUUGACGGGAUUGAGGGAUGGCUGUAAAGAUUGGUAUCGGUAUGCAGGAGAUUUUGGGUAAAGAAUAUAUAUAAUGUAAUUUAGUGAAUGGAUUUGCAUUUUAGGCUUCCUAUAAAGCCAAAAUUUACUUGGGAACUGGAUACGACCAUAGUCAAUUGCAUCUUUA